ACGCACCUCGUUGGUUUGCCGAGCUUAUAUAAAGCUGCCACUGACCUCUCCGCCAACCCCAAACUCCAUCCACCAUGGCAAUGUUCAGCUCCUGCAGGCUCCUCGCCACAGCCUCCCACCACCCGGCCUUGGCCGCCGCGAUCUCCGCACGAGCCAGUUCUGUGUGGUCACAUGUGGAAAUGGGUCCUCCUGAUCCAAUUCUUGGUGUUACUGAAGCCUUCAAGCGUGACAACAAUCCCAAGAAAAUGAACUUAGGUGUUGGUGCAUACCGUGAUGACAGUGGGAAGCCAUUCGUAUUGAACACUGUCCGAAAGGCUGAGAGUCAAAUUGCGGCAAAGAAAAUGGACAAAGAGUACCUCCCUAUUGGUGGCCUCGCAGACUUCAACAAGGCCUGCGCAGAGCUGGCUCUAGGGAACAACAGUGAAGUUAUCAGGAGUGGAAGGUACAUCACCGUGCAAACCAUUUCGGGAACUGGAUCUCUGAGUGUUGGCGCUAAUUUUUUGCAACGAUUCUACAAGAACAGCCGUGAGGUCUAUCUGCCCAAACCAUCUUGGGGCAAUCACACACCCAUCUUCAGGGAUGCAGGCAUCGAAGUCAAAAGUUACCGCUAUUAUGAUCCGAAGACCUGUGGGUUUGAUUUUGCUGGAGCAAUGGAGGACAUUUCAAAACUCCCGGAGCAAGCCAUCAUCCUGUUCCACGCUUGCGCUCACAACCCAACAGGAGUAGACCCAAAACCAGAGGAAUGGAAAGAGAUAGCUGCUGUUGUUAAGCAAAGAAAUCUCUUCCCAUUCUUCGACAUGGCCUAUCAGGGUUUUGCCAGUGGCGAUGCUGACAGAGAUGCCUGGGCCAUGCGCUAUUUCAUUGACCAGGGAGUGAAUCUGGUUCUCUCACAAUCUUUCGCAAAGAACAUGGGCAUGUAUGGUGAGCGUGUGGGUGGAUUCACUGUAAUUUGCAGCGAUGCUGAUGAGGCGAAGCGUGUGGAAUCCCAGCUGAAGAUCCUGAUCCGUCCUAUGUAUUCCAAUCCACCAUUAAAUGGAGCUCGCAUCGCUGCCACCAUCAUGAACACACCAGAACUCCGAAAAGAAUGGCUAGAAGAAGUAAAAGAAAUGGCAAACCGCAUCAUCAGCAUGAGAGAGCAGCUGGUAUCAAACCUGAAGAAGGAAGGCUCAAUCCACAACUGGCAGCACAUUACUGAUCAGAUUGGAAUGUUUUGCUUCACUGGACUCAAACAAGAACAGGUAGAGCGUCUGACGAAGGAAUUCUCUAUUUACAUGACAAAAGAUGGCCGAAUUUCUGUUGCUGGAGUCACCUCAUCCAACAUAGGAUACCUAGCACAUGGUAUCCAUAAAGUAUCUAAAUAAAGCAUUCAAGAAAAAGGGAAGACAUGAGGGGGGCGGGGGACAGGAGAGAGGAGGAGUGUCAUCCAAAAUUAACCUUGUAAAAACCAAUGGUAACUGAAUGAAGUUCACCCCAUUUCCCUUGUUUGAAGGCUUGUGUUUGUAUGGCAGAAACAGUUCACUUUUCUUCAGUGAGCCCCUCUCUGCCCCAGAGACUUUUCAGACUGAAGCCCUGUUUUUAUCUUUUGUAUAUUUUCUUUGCUUCAGCCUUCAGAGAGAAUUACUCUGACGAUUGUUUUCAAUUGACCAGCUUUAGCACUGUUAUACACAAAUUCUGCAUUUGCUAGUUACUGCUGUCAAUACUGGGUAGGGCCUUUCUUCAGCUUUAUAAGCAGGAAGUUUAGAUGUUAUAAGCAGAUAUUACUAGCAGGUGCAACGGUUACAGUCUGUUCAUAAGCUUGAUUGCUUAGCUACUACAUUUGUUAAACUGAUCUGCCUUUGGAAAAUUAAUCAAACAUUGAUUCUGGUCAUUAUUGUCACAGAUCUCUGUAAUCAUGCUGUGAGAGUUGCUGUUUGGAAUGGCCCCUCACCAAUAGCCACCAAUCAUGGUAGAUGGGUUACUUGCAUGUUCCAUUAGGGCUGGAGCUAUGUUUGGCUUUAGUGUUAUGUUCACCAUUUUUGACAGCACUGUUAUGGACAGUCCAAGAAAUUCAAAGAGCUGUUGCAAGGCUGUGGAAGCAAGCUUAUGUUUGCUGCCAGAUGAUCAAUUCUGUCAAAAAUUGUCUACCUUAUAAACCUGGAGGCAGAGGUUCAAUAAAGCAACUGCAUAAAUUAAUCAUUGUA